CCUGGCAUCGAUGCUGGCCACCAAUUCAGCACGGAGAGUGAAAGCAGGAGAGAGGGGGAACGAAAGAGAGGGAGAGAAAGAGAGAGUUUAAACAGGAAGGAAAAAAACUGCUUUCUCUUUUUUUACUCGAAACAGCCUUUUGAAAAAAAAAACAAAACAUUUUUUUUCCGUUAGACCUUUUUCCCCUCCUCUUUUGCUAUCUUCUAAUUUUAUAUCGAUCUUCAGUAUUUCUAAUGCAUACCAAGAUAUUUUCCUUUGUUUUAUAUUCCAAACACCAUCCUUUUUUCCAGAUGACUUUCUAGUUGUCUCUGUUGCUUUCUGUUCACCGGGAAUUUUCAUGUUCAUUUUUCUGUUUUAGGCCAAGAACUUGGUGUGCUUGGGAAACAGUAUUUUUUAGAAUAAGGAAUUUUUAUAUCUAAAUAUAUUUCAUAGAUAAAAAAUUUCACAUUUUGGCCCGAAUUUUACGAUCCAAUUCACUUUUUCCGUUUCAUUAUUCAUAUUUUUGCAAUUACUUAUCCACCCUACUUUCUGCUUCUCUCUCAUUCAUAUACUGAUGAGCUUGGAAAUUGGAUGGUUUUAAAUUUCUACAGAAGUUCGAUAUGACACCAAGACAUGGAUGAAUUUCACCCUUUCAUCGAAGCUCUUCUUCCCCAUGUGCGAGCAUUCUCAUACACAUGGUUCAAUCUCCAAGCAAGAAAGCGCAAAUACUUUAAGAAGCAUGAGAAGCGGAUGUCAAAGGACGAAGAGAGGGCGGUGAAGGACGAAUUAUUGGGGGAGAAGCCUGAGAUCAAGCAGAAGUGGGCGUCACGGCUCUUGGCCAAGCUGAGGAAAGACAUCCGGCCUGAGUUCCGAGAGGACUUUGUCCUGACCAUCACCGGGAAGAAGCCUCCGUGUUGUGUCCUCUCUAACCCAGAUCAGAAGGGCAAAAUUCGGAGGAUUGACUGCCUUCGCCAGGCAGAUAAGGUGUGGAGGUUGGACCUGGUGAUGGUCAUCCUGUUUAAGGGGAUUCCGCUGGAGAGCACAGAUGGGGAACGUCUCUAUAAGUCACCCCAGUGCUCCAACCCAGGGCUGUGCGUUCAGCCACAUCACAUUGGAGUUUCCAUCAAAGAACUGGACCUCUACCUGGCCUUCUUCGUCCACACGCCUGAUUCCGGGCAGUCAGAUAACUCAAACCAGCAGACAGAGGUGGACAUAAAGCCUCCUCCAAAUGGACAUCUCACUUUCCAGGACUGUUUUGUCACUUCGGGGGUGUGGAAUGUCACAGAGCUUGUCCGGGUGUCCCAGACACCUGUUGCAACGGCAUCCGGUCCUAACUUCUCACUGGCUGAUCUGGAGAGCCCAAGCUAUUACAACAUAAACCAGGUGACACUUGGCCGACGAUCCUUAACAUCCCCUCCAUCCAGCAGCACCACAAAGCGUCCAAAAUCCUUGGACGACAGUGAGUUAGAGAGCCCGGUGGAUGAUGUAUUUUACCCGGGCACAGGCAGAUCGCCUGCAGCUGGAGGAAGCCAGGCCAGCGUAUGGUCGAAUGAUGUGGACACAGGCCCUGGAUCUCUUAAGAAGUCAGGCAAGCUAGAAUAUUGCCAGACCAGCUCUUCUCGCAUGGCAUUCACCCAUCAUCCCCUCCCUGUGCUGGCUGGAGUGAGACCAGGGAGCCCUCGGGCAUCAGCAUCUACUAUACACUUCCCUUCAACGUCCAUUAUCCAGCAGUCCAGUCCUUACUUUACCCACCCAACAAUACGCUAUCAUCAUCAUCACCAUAGCCAGGACUCUCUCAAAGAGUUUGUCCAGUUUGUCUGUUCAGACACCUCUGGGCAGGGAGCAGGGCAGCCCAGCAGCGGGGCCCAGGGGAAAAUGUCGGGUUCCUUUUUGCUGCCACCCCCUGCACCUGUGGCCAGGCCUGUCCCCCUUUCCCUGCCAGACACAAAACCUGUCACCAGCAACAACAUUGUCCCAGAAGGAGGACUGUCAGCACCAGCAUCACCCUCAUUCUCAGCGCCUUCCCCCGCCGGGUCCAACAGGUUUGUCACAAUUGGAUCACGAGACAGCAACUUUCUGAACCUCCCCCAGCAGUCUCAAUCGUGGUUCCUUUAAGAUUACCGCUAAGCUGCAAGUCUAUGAGCGGAUGGAACAAAGAUUUGUGACAUGGACCCCCACCCUCUAUAUACACUUGACUACAGGAGGUCUUCCCCAGAGCAAGCACGGAACACUAGGACCUUCUUCACAAUGCGUACGAUAGAAAACCUAAAAAAAAAAAAUUACAAAAAAAUGUUUAAAAAAAUGUAAAAAAAAUUGCUUUUUUUGGGAGGGGGCAGAACUUUUUAAUGUCUGUGCUGCUUAACACCCUCUUGGUAGUGAAGGGAAAAUGCCACUCCCUUAUCACCCCUUUUUUCUCAUCCCUGCUAAUUUUGUCUUGUCGGUGCUUUCCCACUUGUCUCACCUCUUCAGGUUUCAUUUUAACAAAAAGGUGUCUGGGUGUCCGCACCUCCUCUGUGGGUGAAAUAUGCCGGAGAGGUUCAGGACCUCUUCCUCCGGUGGCAUGAUAUAUUUGUACGGGCGGAAGGGACCGUUUAUGUAUGGAGUCUGUGCCUCAUAACAUUAGGUGUCCAAGUGACCAUUAAGAGGUAUUUGUCACCCUUGUUUCCUAAUCAAUCGGGUGGGGAUAUUAACAGUUUCAUAAUGCAGAACAAAAAUCCAAUACAUUUUUAAAGCUCUUAUUAUUUUUAUUCCAUACAAAAAAAUUCUAACAUUUUUACUAUCAUCUAUGUUCUAAAAAGACGUAGAGAGCACAGAUGAGUAUCAUGGGCAUAAUGGCAAGGGACAGUGACACAACUUCAAACACUUAAGUGCAAUGAUUUUAAAUUAGCUUUUUAGUAUUUUUUUUUUCUUUCCAGAUUUUAAUUUAAUAGCAUGAAUACAUUUCUUUUUUUUCUUUCUUUUUUUUUUUCUUUCUUUUUUUUUUCAGAAAGUCCCUAAUUUUCCCGGUGGACUCUAAAAAUAAUUGGGAAAUCUGUCUGUCUUCAGACAUUAACAUUUUUGGAAUUUUUUUCUUGCACUAAAUAUAAUGAAAUCUUGUUGUUAUCGUUUCUGUGUUUGCAUCUGUUUGACCCGUUGCACUAUUUUUUACAAGGUCUUUGUAAAAAAGAAAAAAAAAGUCAAAACCUGAAAUGUUUAUUAAAAAAGAAAAUGCAGCAGAGUAUUGAUUAUAUCAAAACUGUAAUUAUGUCAUAUCUUUUCGAUGGAAAUAGCCAAUGUAUUAUUUCACUUAGGUCUGCAGAAUCAGAUUUUUAGAAUUUGAUAAAAAAAAAAAAAAAACAUUGUAUUCAGCAUGUAACUAUGAAAGUGAAAUUUGGCAUUACAACAGUGACAAAAAUACUCCAGAAAUUGGAAUUGAUCUUUUUUUCACAGUGGAUUGACAUGAUUUAAAAACAAAAAACUUUCUAGAUUAAUGGAAAUAAAUCUUAGUUAUUAUUUCAUAUUUUUAAUGCCAUGGUAUUAAUGAUUAGGAAAUUUCUAGCACCACAGAAAUAUUUGAGUUUUGCCAAAUUUUUAACUUUUCAUAGAGAAGGUGAUAUUUCUGUUUCCACGUUUAUCAGUGAUCAUUUAACAUGAUUAUUUCUGACUGCUGGACAAAUAUCAUGUUUCUGCUGCUGGUUAACAACUAUAUUUAAUGAGUGGAUUUAAGAUUUUGGAAUUUUAACCCUUUAGGUGCUUUGCUUUUAUUUAAAAAAAAAAAAGAACACAUCUGAAAACCAACAUUAAAGCAUGAUGCACUUUUUUUUGUGUUCCCACUUUUUUAGGAAUUGUUUUAGAGUGUGUUAGUAGGGUGGGGUGUUAAGGGAUGUAGAAAGCUCAUCAAUGGCCAUUUGUAGAAAAAGUUACUAUUUUACUCUGCUUCUGUAUGGUUUUUAGCAUAUUGGAAAUGUUAAGGAGGAUUUAGUGUACAGUAGGGAGUGUCUUAAAUGUUACAUUUGCUUCAAACUGAACACAAUAAAAGGGAUUCAUCCUAACUGGAAAUCAUCCCUGAAACAUCCCAGCAAGAGGGUUUCAUGACUGACUAAUACCAGCCUGCAUAGUGCCUUUCUAUAAUUCUGUAGUGGUGAAGUGAGAGGAGCUGGGAUUUUGAAAAUGGGAUUCACAUGUGGGUGUUGUCCACGAAAAAAAAAAAGUAGUUUUUCUUUGAGUAAACCAGUUUAUAAUACAUGCUUAUAUGACUAUGGAUUACAACACUCCAUUCAGUAUUUCAGGAAUGAAUUUCGUUUUCUCAGUAUUACUGGAAUUAAAGGGGUUUUCCAGUUAUAGUGAUUUUUAAAACCUAAGAUUCAUACUUACCUGCUCCAUGCCGCUGCAGUUCUCCUCACUACCUCCAUCUUCCAAUCCCUGCACUGCUCACAUCCAGUGGUGAAUGGUCACAUGCACCGGUCCAGCCAAUGACUGGCUUCAGCGAUGACGUGCUGCUUGCGGCCAGAUCACCCUUGAAUCCAGUGAGUGACUGGAGCGGGUCUUGUGACCAUGCACCACAGGAAGAAAACAGUGCGGGGAGUGGAUGAUGGAGACAUCAGAGAGCCUGUGGGCACUUGCUUAAAAAAUCAUUAUAACUCAAAAACUUUAAGCCAUUAAAUCCCUUCAUGACCCAAUAAGGCAAUACUGAUGACUUAAGAUGCACUUGUCCUACAUAAGACAAGAAAAAAAUAUGCAAGUAAACAUUUUUAUUGCGUGUAGACACAACUAACUACAAUUUGUUAUAGACAGCCCUAUUAUCAAAUGCUUUGAUAAUAGCAAAAAUCAACAAAGUGGAGCAGCACAGCUAAGGGUAGGGCCACACGGUCAGGUUUCUGCAUGCAGUUUUGGAAGGCAAAAUCAGGAGUGAAUUUAAAAAAAGAGGAGAGAUCAUAUCUGUCCUUUAUACUUUCUAUCCUUUUAUGAUCGACUCCUGAUUUUGGCUUCCAAAAAUGCAUGCAGAAACCUAACCAUGUGGUCGUACUCUAAAGCAGAAAAUGAAAGAAUGCAAGCCUCAGAAGGUUGGGCUCCAAACCUUCAAUUAAUCCCUGAAAAAGGUGCUGUUUCUUCCUUUUUUGAUAAUACCAUAUUAGCCCAUUCUUAAAUUCUCCCCAAUAACAGCCCACGAGAGCUCACUCUGUGGUUCCCGUAUUGAUAUCAGUGGUCCUGGAAGCUGGUAUUCCUCCAGCAUCAGUUUAAAGCGAUGGUCCACCUUUUAUUACCAUGUCAUAAGAUGUAACAUUCAGAGCUGAUAAAUUUCCUAAUAUUAUAGAGGCUGGAGCUCGGUUAUUCUGAUUCAGAGCUAAGAAUCCCCUGCACAGUCAUAAGGUUAAAAUAUGAAAUUCUGGCUACCAGCAGCUGCCACUAGAGGGAGCUUAAGAGCCUACUGAACACUAUUAUACUAUCUAGUGCAACCUAGUAAGGGGCUAAGCUCAUCUUAGUGGUUGCUACAAGGCAAAUUUUAUCUUAUAAAUCUGUGGGAUCUGUAUAAAAAAAAAUGGAACCCCGACUUCUAUAGUGAUUAAGAAAUUAAUGAGCAAUGUAUUUCCAAACUAUUCCACAAACAAAUGAUAUUCAAGACUAAAUAUUCACUUUGAGGCCAGUUUCACAUCUGGCUGCAAUUUUACUGCUUAUUAGUCCAAAAUAUGGCUACAAAAUGUGAACUCACCUUUGUUCUACUGAACUAAACUUACAUCAUGUUAGAAGCCUUAAUAAAUCUAGAUUUGGUACAGUAGAAUUGUGGAGGAUCCAGGGGCAGAUCCGGAGCAGAUUGUGUGGAUUUUGACACAGGAUCUGAUCAGUAUGCCUGCAUCAGGUUACAGAUGCUCGCAGCGCGCAGCACUGAGGCAUCCACGUAUUACUGUUUGACAAGUGCACAUUAAGUUUAACAUCAAAUUCAGUAAACAUUUAUCGGUGUUUAAAAACCGGGGAUAGAAUAUAUGUAGAGGUGAAAGGUACAGAUUUAAAAACGCACAGAGGCAGAGGUAUUUUUGUUGAUUUCAUACAAGAAUUGACCUCUUUGAGGGAAAAUUGUACAUUUCCUGCAAAAGGGCCAUUAAUAGCUCUCUGCUAUUGUCAGAAGGUAUAAGGUUCUUGUAGCUCUUGAGAAAGGCAGCAUAUCUAUAUAUAUAUAUAUAUAUAUAUAUAUAUAUAUAACAUUACAUUACAUAUCUAGAAGGAACAUCCCUCCUCUCUUUCUCAUUUGGUAUUUGACCCACUUUUAAUCGUUCUCCCUUUCUCUUAUAUUUCCCUUUAUUCUAAACAUAUUACCACUGUGUAUGCUCCACUGCUCUCUAAAAAAUGUGUAAAUGGAAUGCUUCUUGUCAGUAUAGCGCCCCUUCUGUAAAAUUUUCCCUACUACAGUACCUUUUUCCUCACUCUCAUCUACUUUUCAUCCAGUGCUCUACAGAUGGACUCAUCUGGUAGCCCGUUUAAAGUUUCCUAUAAUGUCUUUUCUAAAACUAUGUAAACUAUAUGUUCUCUCCACUCUCAUCCCUCUGAAUUUUCUAUGACCUUACCUUUAUCUUUACCCAGCACUUACUCUCCAAACCCCACCCCUGAGUAUCUUAUUCCCUCUCCCUUCCUUUACUAUCCACUCUCUCAUUUCAGCUACCCUUGUUCCCCCUUUUACCGGCUUUUUAUUCACCAAAUCUCUUGUCUCUCUACUUAAUGUGUAUUUUAUCCCUGCUUGAAAUAUUAUCAGUUUUAUUUUUUUUAUACUUUUUUUAAUCCCCUCGUACCCAAAUCGCGUCAGCCCUGCCCAGUAUCCAACCCUACCCCUGUGCUUCCCCAUUGGAUGGCUAUUAUUAUGUGUAUGUGAAAUAAAAUCAUUUCCUGGAAGUAA